AUGCAUUAUGUGUUCUUGGUUAUCACAGAAUAUACCAGUAUUUCCAGCAAAAGUAAUCCUCGACUCCUGAAACUAAGAACAGCCAAAAAUCACCUCUCAGCCAGCCGCAUCCAAGCACCCUUCCGCAGGGGAGCAGAGGAGGGGGAUGCCCGCGGUGCAGCCCCCGUCCCUGCAGCCUCUGCUCCUGAACGAGCCGCUGGGGCAUGCGGGGAGGGCAGCGAACUGGGGGAGCCCCCUCGCCCCUCCUCGCCCCCUUCCUCCCCCGGCCCACCUGGGCGCGGGCAGCGGCCGCCUAAGACCGCCGGGGACCCUGCCGAGCGCUCGGCCGUCGUGGUCCGGCACCGGCCGCCUCUCCCGGUCUGUCGGAGGAGGAGGAGGAGGAAGAGGAGGAGGAGGAGCCGUGGACACCUCCCCUGGCACUCGCCGCGCUCCGAGCCGGCAGGCCGGGGGACAGCGCGCAAGGCGGCCGUGCGAACCGCACCGAAGCCCCCGCAGAUUUCUUUGCCCGCAAACCCGCGUUCAGAGCAGCUGAGCCCCCCGGACCCCCAGGACCCUCCAACCCGUCCUCCCCUUCCCACCGGGGCUCCCGCAGCUGCGCCCCUCCCCGCCUGCAGCCCUGCAGCGCUGCGCACCCGCGGAGUCCCCCGCGGCCCCCAGCACGGCUCGGCACGGCCCGGCACGGCCCGGCACGGCUUGGCACGGCUCAGCACAGCUCGGCACGGCUCGGCACGGCUCGGCACGCACUUACUCCGCGGGGCCUCCCGGGUGGAGGCUCGGGCCCGGCGGCUCCCCAGGCGCGGCCGACGGGACCACGUUCAAAAGCACGGGAGGAAAAAAAAAAAGGCGGCUAGGAUGCUGGAGGUGGUGAGGGUCAUCUCCACGCAACUGCCACCAAAAGAGGCCCGGCUCAAUGCUGUGGUACACAAUACACAGCAAACGGAAUGAAAAAUUUGGAAAUAAAUCAUACAGGAAUUCGUGGUUCAGGGGAAUGACAUACCAGUACUUAAAUUAUUAGAUUAUGUUUGAAUAGAAUAUUUUAUCUACCCCAUACCAUCUCUGUACUUUAAUUUUCCUGAUUCUGUGAAUAAAAUUUUGAAUAAA